ACGUGGGGGCUAGUUUUUUCAAAGUGGAGGCUGGCUUGACUGUAGUUUGCUACCUCAUAAUUAUGCAUUAUCUUGGACCUUAUCUUCAUGAUCUCCAUAUUUUCCUUUCUCUUAGGACAGUCUGCUUGACAUGCUUCAUUUAACUUAUUUGACAUUUCUUCAAUUUUUUCUCCCUGCUUUCUUCCCGCUGCUUCUUUUAAACUCUUCUACCUCCAUCUUCUCCUCACUCCUCCGCCACGCUGGCUUUGGUUGGUUUGAACUUUUACCCUCCAACUGGAAUAUGAUAGCAAAUUGGCAAAUGGUCCUAUUUUACUCAGUUGCUCGAGCAUAAUGUUUCCGACAGCACGUAAAGGCAGCACAGAGAUAGCGCUGCUCCUCUGCUCCAGUCGGAAUCACUCCGAGGUGUGCUCUGCAUUCAGUUGCACACGGAGGAAAACCCCUCGACAAGUUUUAACCUGGAAUUAACGUUUUGUGACUCCAGCGAAAGGUGAAUUUAGUCGGACUUUUGUUAUGAAAGGGAUGUGUUUUUUAGGAGGACGAUAGUAGUCUUUAUUUUACCCCAGAAGAUAACAGCAACUGACUGAACGCUUCCAGUGAGCUUUGUUGUCCCGGGGGAGCCUUUUUGUUUAGGGGCAACCGUAACUGCUGUGAUGAGGAGAUAAUUCAGCAGCGGUGAAGCGCCAGACGGAGACAGUGAAAGCUAAAGCUCAUCUCACCGACCAACGGUGGUCAACGGCCACAGCCUCGACCACAAACAUACAGAUAUACAACCGCAGUGGGAAGUGGUGCUGUGGAUUUCCCUUUUUUCUGAAGGAGCCAUCCUCAAAGCUGCUCAUUGCAGUGAGUCAGUAUCAUGGAGGCAGGCAGCGGGGCUGCCGCAGCAGUGGGGAGUGCAGCACUAGGACUGCUGGGAGCCACAGCCACGUCCAGCCAUGACAUCUUGGACAGGAGCCUGAGACCCGGACGUCACCUGGAGGACGACGAUAUUGUGCCUGAACUGGCUAACAUCCAUCCCAGAGAGAGACCUGACUGGGAGGAGACCAUAAGUGCCAUGGCAAGGAGUGCAGAGAUCCCUGAGCUGAGGACGGAGUCCCUCAUGCGCUCAUGCAGCAGCAGCACGGCCAGCAUGAAGGUCAAGAAUGUCAAAAAACUUUGCUUCACCAAGGGCCACUUCCCAAAAUUGGCAGAGUGCGCUCACUUCCACUACGAAAAUGUGGACUUUGGCACAAUUCAGUUGUCCCUCGGGGAUGAGCAGUGUGAAGUGACGCGGAACGGCUAUGAGUCGAAGGAGCUGGUGUACUUGGUUCAUAUUUACUGCCAGGGUCGAAGUUGGAUUGUGAAGCGCAGCUAUGAAGAUUUCCGUGUCCUGGACAAGCACCUGCACCUCUGCAUCUAUGACCGACGCUUCUCACAGCUGCCUGAGCUGCCUCGAUUGGACAGUCUGACUGACCAGACAGAGUCGGUUUCCCAGAUGUUGUUGGCUUACCUCUCCCGGCUCUCAGCCAUUGCUGACAACAAGAUCAACUGUGGGCCCGCCCUCACAUGGAUGGAGGUUGACAAUAAGGGAAAUCAUCUCUUGGUUCAUGAAGAAUCGUCCAUCAACGUGCCAGCUAUCGCUGCUGCCCACGUCAUCAAGCGCUACAUCGCCCAGGCCUCGGACGAGCUGUCCUUCGAGGUUGGUGACAUUGUGUCAGUGAUUGACAUGCCCCCUAAAGAAGACACCACGUGGUGGAGGGGCAAGCACGGCUUUCAGGUUGGCUUCUUUCCCAGCGAGUGUGUGGAGCUCAUAAAUGAUAAAGUGCCGCAGUCCAUGACCAACACGGUGCCAAAACCAGCCUCCCCCUGCUCUGGCCUGCAGCCUGCUUCUUGGAGUCUCUUCCCUCCCUACUUGGAGAUGGAGAGUGUAAUACAGGACAGUGCAUGGGUGGCCGACCCGCUAAACCACUACAGCCUAAGUUCAGUGUCUAAGAAGCACGGGAAGCUGAUCACCUUCUUGCGCUCCUUCAUGAAGUCCAGGCCCACCAAGCAGAAGCUGAAGCAGAGAGGCAUCCUGCGGGAGAGGGUGUUCGGCUGCGACCUGGGAGAACACCUCCUCAACUCAGGACAUGAUGGUGAGACACAUGAAGUGCCCCAGGUCCUCAAGAGCUGCACCGAGUUCAUCGAGAAGCACGGUGUGGUGGACGGCAUGUACCGCCUCUCUGGAAUCGCCUCAAAUAUCCAGAAACUGCGGCAUGAGUUUGACUCUGAGCAGAUCCCCGACCUGACCAAAGAUGUUUACAUCCAGGACAUCCACUGUGUUGGCUCGCUGUGUAAGCUCUACUUCAGAGAGCUGCCCAACCCCCUGCUCACCUACCAGCUCUACGAGAAAUUCUCUGAUGCUGUAUCAGCAGCAACAGACGAAGAACGACUCAUCAAAAUCCAUGAUGUCAUACAGCAACUUCCUCCACCACAUUACAGGACCCUGGAGUUCCUCAUGAGACACCUUUCCCGCCUGGCAGCGUUCAGCUACAUCACCAACAUGCACAGUAAGAACCUGGCCAUCGUCUGGGCGCCCAACCUGCUGAGGUCUAAACAGAUUGAAUCUGCGUGCUUCAGCGGCACAGCAGCCUUCAUGGAAGUCCGAAUCCAGUCAGUGGUGGUGGAGUUCAUCCUCAACCAUGUGGAUGUUCUCUUCAGCUCUAAACUCAGCUCACUAAUACGAGAGGGAGCAGGUCACAACUCGUUGUCACGGCCCAAAUCCCUGCUGGUUUCAUCUCCCUCCACUAAACUUCUGACUCUGGAGGAGGCCCAGGCCAGGACCCAGGCUCAGAUCAACUCUCCAGUCACUGAAGACAGCAAGUACAUCGAGGUGGGCGAAGGUCCGGCUGCCCUGCAGGGAAAGUUCCACACUGUUAUCGAGUUUCCCACUGAAAGGAAGAGGCCUCCUAUUAAAUCCAAGAAGUCUCCUGUUGGCAGUUGGCGCUCUUUCUUCAACCUGGGCAAGUCUUCCUCCAUGUCCAAGCGCAAGCUGCACCGCAACCCCAGUGAGCCCAAUGAACUGAAGGCCAUGGCCCUCGCUGGAGGCAGAGGAGACACAGCAACAUUAAGAUCAGCCAAAAGUGAAGAGUCACUGAGUUCCCUGCACAAUGUUGAAGGAGAGUCCAAGGUGUACCGUCCGCGGCGGCCACGCUCCAGCAGUGAUGCCCUGUCAGCCUCCUUUAAUGGAGAGCUGCUCGACAGCCGGCAGCACUGCAACUCCUAUGACAACCUGGGCGCCACAGAGGAAAGCGACGGAGAUGAUGGGCCCAUCUGUGUGCCUGCCCUCAUAUCACCUCCCCGCUCAGCAGGGGAAGAUGUGGACCUCAGCCCACCCGACAUUGGCAUGGCCUCUUUGGACUUUGACCCCAUGUCGUUCCAGUGCAGUCUUCCCGACACCUCUUAUGCCUUCCCCCUAGAUGACCUACCUGCUGGGGCUGAAGGUUCCACGCUAAAGAGGAGCCGCGGCAGCGUCUGUGGUAAGACAAAUGGCUCUGACCUCAUCUCUGCCACCUUCCUGGGCAGCUUGAUGUCCCCCCUGUUGUCCACAGACUUCAGCCUGGCUGCUGGAGAGAAGGUGGAAAGCAAGAAACUGACAACUUCCUAUUCCUACACUGAUAAACCCACACAGGCUGUCUCACCUAUUAAAUUUGGAAAGACCACUAGUUUGACACCAUUUGUCACUUCCGAGCUUUUCUCUACAGAGGUGCCUGACAAGAAUACAGCUGUACAACCAUUAUCUCCUCCUUCGGUAGCCAAGGACUCUCCUCCCCUGAUGGGUAGUGUUCUGCUGAGGGCAGCCGAGCCGUCUCUCAGUGAAGCGUUUCAAAUAGAGCUGCACUCUAAGCUGGAAGCCUUUGACAGUGUGGACAGUCGAGAGCUGAAGGAAGAGGACGGCCCACAGCCGGCACCAGCUGCCAGCAGCCAUGAGCACCACGGAGUCGUAGCUCCGGACUCUUCAAAGGACCUCACCCCUCGUUCCCUCAGCUCUGCAGCUCCCACUACUGCCCCUCCUCCUCCCCCCCCUCCUAAAAAUGCUGCCCGCAUGUUGGCCCUGGCCCUUGCAGAGUCUGCCCAGCAGUUCUCCAUUCAGUCUCAGUCCCGGUCCUCUGAGCCCUCUACACCAGUGUCCCCUCUGCAGCCACAGGAAACCUAUAACUUCCAGGACACGCCACAUCCACUGCUUCAACAUUUCCAGACUUCCUCCUCCGAGGGAGCAGGGAGAGGAAGUUCCCUGCCACCAAACAGCUCAGACUCAGACUGUCAGACUGUCACCCUAGUCUCAUCUUCUCCCUCCACUUCCUGUCCUACAAUCAAACAGCAGCCUCUGGAGUUAACCAGCUUGAUUACCAAGCCAUCAGAAAGUACCACGUCCUCUACAACUCCACCUGCACCACAGCUUGAAACAGACUCAACACCACCUGACACUCCUUAUUACAGGUGCGCCCCUCUCCCCAGUUCAGCCAGCCUGACUUCUCCAAUCAGGAAAAGUCCAGAAAGGCAGCAGCCUAACCCAGGACAGAUACCAAGACCGAUCCCAGAACAAGUCCCAGAACAGAUCCCAGAACAAGUCCCAGAACAAGUCCCAAGAAAAAUCCCAGGAGAGAUCCUAUUCCGUAGAAACUCAUCUAGUACCACUUCAGCCACCUUCCCCGGUGGCAACUGCGAAGAUUCUGGAGUCUUACCACAGCUUGUUCCUGAGGUCAAACCAGAGGAGACUGCAUCACCCCCAAUUCUUCCAAAACCAUCAGAACAGCCACCUCCAAAGACUCAAAAGCCCAAGAAGAAGGCUGUCUCACUGCCUCUGCAUCAAACACAAGCUCAGCAGCAGAGCCAAGCUCAGAUACAGCCUCCUCUUCUAUCACAGCCUCACACGCAAUUUCAGACACAGGUUCAAACCCAACCUCAGCUCCCCUCGAAGGCCAGUGCAAGAGUGGCCCCCACUACUGCUGAGCCUGUUGAGAAGCCUUGGGAGGCCAUAAAGCCAGUACAGCCCUGUACAGAGUUUGCAAAGUUUCACGACGUGUACGGAGCAACACCUCCAGCCCCUCCUGUCCGCACCAUAGAGAGCAAACUGGCCACAGCAGCACUUAGCCAAAGUGAAGCCUCCUACCAUAUCCUGGGGGAAGGCCCUGUGCCUGGCCAUCUGGAAGAAGGUCAGCCUCACCAUCCUCCUUCUCCUCGUAAAUCUUCCACGCAUCAGCCAGCCUACCUGUACCACGCUAAAGGAGAACCAGUCUUAAUUGAGACUACAGGAGCUGCAUACUACCACCAGAGGCCUGUUCCGCUGGGCCCACAGUCCAAACAACACAACUUCCGGCCAGACAGCAUCCCCCCACACCUCUCCUACGUGUCCAAAUCGGAGCCUCAGAUACCUUACAGUGCCCGAUUAGACAACAGAUACAGCACUUUAGGCCCCAGGUCCUACCACCACUCCAUGAAGUCCAGAGGAAACCCCAGCAGUGUGUACGUGUCUCCGGGGCCAGGGCAUCAGGUGUAUAGCCAUGAUAGACCGCAAGGCUAUCCCACCAUUCGCAGAGUGCACUCACUCCAUGUUCCUUCCACCAUCCGCUCAGUGCCUAUCCAAAGGACUGAAGUUCCUCCAGAUGACGAUAUUUUCUUCUACCAUCGGCCCGUGUAUCCGUGCAAAGCCUACCAGCAGCCCCAGCAGCAGUCUUCACAAGCAGACUACCACGUAACCCAGCUGCAGCCUUACUUUGAGAAUGGACGGGUUCAGUAUCGCUACAGUCCGUACUCUGGUUCAAGCCCUUUGGAGGCGCCUCACUAUGACAUUGACCCUUACGCCACCAUCAGAGUCCGGCACUUCCACUCCCAUGGCAGCCGAGAUCCGGGAGCCGUUGCUGGCAGACCUGGUGGAAAGACGACUGGAUACCACUACCUUGCUCGCCAUGUUCUCCCACCUGGGAAGGAGCACAGCUUUGUGAGCAGGGACAUGCCCCCCAGUCAUGGGACCAAGGAAGCUGCUGCUUACCUCACUUGGGACCCCGAGGAGUCAGAAAGGCUCCGCAUGCACUCCAUCCGCAGGGAGAGCAGGGCUAGACAGAAAAUUAAAGGCCCUGUCCUCUCUCAGUAUGACAAUGUUGGCUUGUUUGCACCAGCAGAUAUAUCAGGCUAUGAAACCCUGCACCUGCGCAGUAAAUCUGACCCAGGUAAAGCUGUGCCGGUUGCAGCUGAGAGCAAAGACGGGCGCUACCUCCCCAGAUACAUGGUGUCAGACCCUGACGUCCUCAUGUACAUGGAGACUGACGAGCAUGUCCAGGGCAGCGCAGUGGGCGUAAAGUCAGAUGGACUGGCCAAGCAAAGCAGUUCCAAGAAAUGUCAAUCCUCUCACUCCCUUCCAACGACUCUGAGCCACAGUCUGUCCCAUCAGCAGGAGAGCAGCCGGCAUGAGGCCAUGUACGAGACUGGAGACGACCAGCUGGGUGGAGAAUGCAGCAGGUCUAAACUCUGGCAGCAGGAGUAUCCCAACAUGAGGAACUUCCAACCACGUUACGAAUGUCCUGAUUCUGACCACCACCUGAGUAAAGUGAAAACAUCAACCGGCUACCACAGUACAGAUGACCAGCCAUCAGCCCCAAGGGAACCACUCGCCCGCUCCAAACUGGAGCGAUCACACAGCGUCCGAGAGCAGCAGCACUGCAGCCAGGGCAACCCCGAACUGGACAGGGAAUACUCAUAUCAGAAACACGGCACUAAAAUAGUGCAUUCCCACUACGAUAACUUGGAUGAUUACCACCCAGUACCUCAGCCUCAGGCCCCUGUUCAAAAACGUGGAGGCUCCAGCUCCUAUCCCACUCCAGGAUUCACAGUGAGCAGCAACAGAGCGUAUUCCACAGCACUGGGCCAGGGAGCCUUUAUACAGACUGACCUGGCCAUGCAGAGGCCAGAGACAGAGAUACGUACAGAAUGAAGCAUUUAGUGGGGGAAACGUGUGAAAUUAUCUUUAGCUGUGUAGAAGAAAGACUCUAUUGAGCUACGGUUGCAGCCUCUGCAGGACAGUGGACUGUCGUAUCGCCAAUAUUUUUGCUCCUCUGUAUUUUUAAUGAAUUGUAAAGAAAAUUGUGAGGCUUUUUACAAAAAGUCAUGAAUGUACCGGAAAUUAUUGUCCCAAGAGGUCAUAUUAUUAUGAUUGAUUGAGACAUAAAUGUAUAUGAUAUGAAAGAUGUGAGGUACUUUUAACAGGAACAC